CGACCGGAGUUAAGGGAUCGGCCUGGUCGGGGUGACUUUGGUUAUAUUUCGGCGAUAUUUUGACAGCAAAGGAAUGAAUGUCACGGCACAGGACGAGAGGAAUGAGACUGUGCGUAGACGGAUGCUCGAUUUGCGCGACAUCCGGGUGGGAAAGGUGCCGCAUGACUCGCCCUGGAUGAAAACCGUCCGUCUGGAGUUCACGCAAGACAGUCAACGUAAGCAGUGGGACGUGAUAAGGAUCCACGACAGCGUAUCUAUAGUUAUCUUCAAUGUCAGUCGAAAGAAGCUCGUGUUCGUCAGGCAAUUUCGGCCAGCAGUUUAUUACGCAUUCCUGCCGGAGAAGCAAGAUGUGAUCGAUGUCGAACGUUAUCCCCCGAGGCUCGGGGUGGCCUUGGAGCUCUGCGCUGGUAUCGUGGACAAGGACAAACCUCUCGUGGAAAUCGCCCGGGAUGAGUUAAGAGAGGAAUGUGGCUACGAAGCACCCACUUCGGCAUUUAAGGAAAUCAAUACUUAUUUAUCCAGUGCUUCUGCUAGUGCGAAGCAAACUCUUUUCUAUGUAGAAGUCACAGAUGAUAUGCAUAUACAUCCUGGUGGUGGUGCUGAAUCUGAAGGUGAACUUAUAGAAAUAGUAGAAUUGAGCAUUCCAGAAUUAAAGGAUUACAUAAGUUCCAAGGAAGUACAAAGCCCAUCCAGUUUCCUCUUUGGUGUGUCGUGGUUUCUAUUUAAUAAAUCUGAAUACUGUUGAUAGAUUAAAACUAAAAAUUAUUCCAUUCUGUUAUCUAGAAUAAAAUAAAGAACUA